AUGACCAGCGAUCAACAGGAGUCUCUUUCCCCAAAGCCAGUUCUGAAAGACACGGCCUCAACGCUCAUGGCACCAGUUGGUUCAGACAGUCUUGAUAUGCAGGCAUCUGAGAUGCCACAAAGCGGAAAGCCGUCAGUCGACUCUCCAGUGGCCGAAGAGCCCGACCCCCCCGGCAGUGGUUUAAAGAUUAAUACGUCAUUCUGGGCCGUCAUAGCGACUCUGUGCUUCACGAGCCUGUUGGGCUCGUUUGAGAAUGCCGUCAUCACAACCUCUAUGCCAUACAUGAUCAGAGAUUUGGGUAUUGGGUCAAACUACGUAUGGAUCACGAAUGGAUUCUUCGUUGCAAGCGCCGCCGUCCAGCCUUUGUUUAGUCAAUUAGCGGAUGUGUUUGGACGAAGAAGAUUGACACUGGUCAUCGUCGGCACGCAUACUCUUGGCAGCGGCAUCUGUGGCGGAGCCAAGAACGGCCCCAUGCUUCUCGCGGGCCGGGCCGUUCAAGGUAUCGGUAGUGGUGGCAUCAAUAUGAUUAUCGAGGUCAUCAUAUCCGACCUCGUACCUCUCCGACAACGGGGCUACUUUAUGUCUCUCGUUCUUCUCACUUAUGCCCUGGGACUUGGCACCGGUCCCCUCAUCGGCGGUAGUCUUGCCCAGAAUGUGGGCUGGCGCUGGGUUUUUUGGAUUAAUCUCCCAAUUGGGGGCACUUCACUUGGUCUUCUUUACCUACUUCUCCGCGUCAAGGACGACAAGACAACCCCAUUGCGCGACAAAAUCAAGAACAUCGACUACAUUGGCAACACGCUAGUCAUCGGGUCCACAGUCUCCGUACUAUAUGCUCUCACGCUAGCAGGCUCUUCCGAUCCCUGGGGUUCCUGGCAGGUCCUUGUGCCUCUGUUGAUCGGCAUGGGAGGCUUCAUUUCGUUCGUCUGCUUCGAAGGAUCACGUUUCUGCUCCCUUCCUGUGGUCCCCUUGAGAUUCUUCAAAGAUCGAACCCGAGCAAUCAUUUUCGCCAACACACUGAUCACGUCGAUCCUCAGCUACUGGAUGCUCUACUUCCGCCCUGUUUACUUCCAGGCUGUACUAUUAUCAAGCUCCACCUGGGCUGGAGUGCAGAUGAUGCCUAGCACUCUCGGUUCGCUUUUGGUGUCGGCAGGGUCAUCUGCUGUACUCUCCUGGAUUGGCCGGUACAAGAUUUUCCACAACGCUGGCUUCGGUAUACUCACCUUGGGGCUUGGUCUACACGCGCUUCUGGACAGUCACUCCUCUGCCGUCCGCUGGGUCAUGUUCCAGAUUCUUACCGGCAGUGGUAUCGGCAUGGUCCUUAACACACUAUUGCCGGCGCUUCAAGCAGGUCUUCCUGAGAGCGACGUUGCAGCCGCGACAGGCUCGUGGGCGUUCUUGCGGAGUUUUGGAAACGUCUGGGGCGUGGCCAUACCCAUGGCAGUUUUCAAUGAUCGCUUCGCGCAACUGGCAGGCAGCAUCACAGAAGACCAGGUUCGUAGAGAGUUCUUAGGGGGGCAUGCGUACGAACAGGGAACCCGCGAGAGUCUGUCUCUUCUGGGCAAUGUUCCUAGAAUCCAAGUGAUUAGUGUAUUUGAGCGUUCACUUCAGAUAGUUUGGUUAGUUUCGAUUGCUUUUUCAGGGUUUGGGUUUGUGUUCUCGCUGUUUGAGAAUGAAAUCCAACUGCGCACCAAACUCGAGUCCAAAUACGGUCUUCGCGAAGAGGACAAAAAGAGAUCAGAUACCGGAGACUGCAGCUAG